AUGUCUGAAUACAAUUCGAGAGAAUCGAAUCUGUUCGAAAAGCUCGAUGAAAAUGCAACAAAGCCGGAGAAGACAGAAGUAGUAAAGAACAAAUCGGGCGAGAAAAAGCCGGCCAAGGAGAUUUACUUGUCUAAAUCGAAAUUCAUCCCAGGAGCAGUACCUAAGGAAGGAGGUGGAAAUAACACGUUGGCUGUUGGUGGAGCACCAAGCGCUAAAAGUCGCUCAGCAGUACAGGCUAGGUUCGAAUACGCAUACGGUUAG